GUAAGUUCUCGCGCAGCCAGUGCCCGCGCGUCUCUCGCGAUCGUCGGACCGCGCGUACGUAAAACGGGGAGGUUCUCGACGUCGUCGAUGCGACGUCGCGCGAAUGUUUUCAACGGGAAUCUCGCAGGCCGGUCGAGAAAAAUUUCGUGAUCUAACGCGCUGGAAAUAAGCUCAAUGUUCUUCCGCGAGUGAAUGCGAAGAGCGGCGCAGGAUAUUUUCGAUCAGCAAUUCGACAAUUAAAUCGGUCGGCUUUCGAAGUCUCGAAUUCCCCGAAGAACUGGACGGUAAUCGGUGAACGCGAAAGUCAAAGGAAUUUCAUCGUACGAAUGAAUAACAUAGUAUUUUCAGCGGGAGAGGAAGUUUUAGUUUCAAACAAGCUGUUCUGAUUAUAUGUUCUGAGUUUGCAAAGCUGAACUUCAACGAUUUUGUAAAAGAGAAAUUCAUUCAGUCGGCACUGUGAACCUAAGUAUAGAAGAAGCGCAUUCUUGAAUCUCUACUUCCUUUGAAUGCUAACGCGGAUACGAUGAAGUGACGUGAUUUUUAUGGACCUAGUACUAAAGAACGCAUGUACGGGUGAUACUAAAAUCAAGAAAGAGCAUAAAGUUCCUUCGUGAAUGUCGUAAUGAGAAGAGAAAAUCGUGACAAUUUUAUGAGGAAAGUGCAAUGGUAGAGCAUAUCAAGGAUUAAAGGAGACGCACCGGAAUGCCAAAGGUAUCGCGGUUGUUCUGAACCGGCUCGAGAAAACGGAAGAAGAGUUGAUCUUUCCAAAGGAUCGUUGAUAGCAAUCACGAUGCGCGAAACGAGUGUCAUGAGAUGUAUCGAUAUCUUCUACAUCGCAUAGACAAACGAAUGGCGAAUUUCGCAAAAGAGCGAGAACCACCUCCUAUCUCGAGUCGCCAGGAGGACUAUGCGAGAGAAAGGAGGGCGAACGCCGCGGGUAGUCGCCGAUGGGACGAAAGACGGUAGAAUGAAAAAAAUGUCGUUUUAAACGCAAUGGACACACCUACGUAAUCAAGCGGCGCGCUUAGGACCACGCCGUUCGGCAAACAAACACGCAGCGAGAGGCAAAGUUACCCCCGGCUAAAUUGGACCGCACGGAAGAUGACGGUCAUCUAAAAAUCCCCACCGAUGUGCAACGACUUUCUGAAGAUGUGCAGUUUGGUGUUAAAGUGUCGGUGAAAUCGGAGCAGCUUCGCGUACUUAUGAUUUCCUUUCCUUUCCUUUGUCGCACGUUGUCGCACGGAAAAUCCGCACGAACGAUGUCAUAGUCGUCCAAGUGCGAAUUAUCUAUUUACGUUGGACACGAUGGCACUGCUGUUCGUCAUAAUCGUCUUUUCGAUCACCACUGCCAUGUCGCUGCCGCCGGUCAUUAGAAUCGGAGCGAUCUUCACCGAGGAUCAAAAGGACAGUCCGUCGGAGUUGGCAUUCAAAUACGCCAUUUACAAAAUCAACAAAGAUAAGACUCUUUUGGCGAACACGACACUGGUUUACGAUAUCCAAUAUGUGCCUAAAGACGAUUCGUUCCGCACGUCCAAGAAAGCCUGCAAGCAAUUAUCCAGAUCAGUGCAAGGCAUCUUUGGACCGUCUGACCCACUUUUAGGUGCUCAUAUACAGAGUAUAUGUGAAGCACUGGAUGUCCCUCACCUCGAAGCGCGGGUCGAUUUCGAGCCUACUUUCAAGGAGUUCAGUAUUAACUUGUAUCCCGCACAAGAUCAUCUUAACAAAGCAUUCAAGGAUCUUAUUUCCUUUCUAAAUUGGACAAGAGUGGCUAUUAUCUAUGAAGAAGAUUACGGGCUAUUCAAACUGCAAGAUCUCGUGAAAUCCCCGCCAUCCGUGAGAACAGAAAUGUACAUUCGUCAGGCAGGCCCUACUUCCUACAGGCAGGUUCUGCGGGAGGUCAGACACAAAGAGAUUUUCAAGCUGAUUGUCGACACAGAUCCAGCGCACAUGCAGCAAUUCUUUCGAGCGAUAUUGCAACUACAAAUGAACGACUACAGAUACCAUUACAUGUUCACAACCUUUGAUAUAGAAACGUUUGAUCUAGAAGAUUUUAAAUAUAAUAGCGUGAAUAUGACCGCCUUUCGUUUGGUGGAUCUCGAAGAGCCCAAAGUUGCUGAAGUACUCAAGCAGAUGGAGCGUUUCCAACCAGCGAUUGGACAUGCUAUUCUGAAUAAAACGGGAGUCAUUCAGGCAGAACCAGCUUUGGUGUACGAUAGCGUACAGGUUUUCGCACACGGUUUGGCAGCUCUGGACCGUAGUCACGAUUUAAGGCCAGCAAAUCUGUCCUGUGAGAAAGAGGAACCGUGGGACGACGGUUUAUCACUCUACAACUAUAUUAAUGCCGCAGGCUUACACGGACUAACCGGACAUAUUGAGUUUAACGAAGGGAAGAGAAACAAUUUCAAGUUGGAUCUCUUAAAACUGAAAAAAGAGGAGCUUGUUAAGGUCGGCGAAUGGAAAUCCGAGUCCGGUAUUAACAUCACGGAUUUAAGCGCCUUUUACGAGACCACGACAGCCAACAUCACACUUGUGGUGAUGACGAGAGAGGAAAGACCCUACGUCAUGGUAAAAGAAGACAAGAAUUUGACUGGUAACGCGAGGUUCGAGGGCUUCUGCAUCGAUUUGCUCAAGUGUAUCGCUGGCCAAGUCGGUUUCCAAUACGCAAUCAAAUUGGUACCCGAUCACUUGUACGGGGUAUACGAUCCUGAGACAAAGGAGUGGAAUGGAAUUGUGCGUGAGCUCAUGGACAAGAGAGCGGAUCUAGCGGUUGCCUCCAUGACGAUUAAUUAUGCUAGGGAAAGCGUAAUAGACUUCACAAAGCCGUUUAUGAAUCUUGGUAUUGGAAUCUUAUUUAAGGUAACCAAACGCACACCACCGCGGCUCUUCUCGUUCAUGAAUCCCCUCGCCGUGGAGAUCUGGUUGUCCUUGCUAGGCGCUUACGUGGUGAUUUCCUUAACGAUAUGGAUAGUGGCAAGAUUCUCACCCUACGAGUGGGUGGAGCCGUCCCCCUGUCCAAGCUGCAAAUGCCCUUUGCAGGGCAGUCACGUGAGCGCCUUGGAUCCGGACAGCGACGACAUUCCUCUACUGAGAACUGUCAACGAGUUCAGCCUGGCCAACAGUUUUUGGUUUACAGUCGGCACACUUAUGCAACAGGGCAGCGACCUCAACCCUAAGGCAACUAGUACGAGAAUAGUAGGCGGCAUUUGGUGGUUCUUCACGCUAAUCAUCAUCUCCUCUUAUACUGCGAAUUUGGCCGCUUUCCUAACGGUGGAGAGGAUGAUAACACCGAUUGAAAAUGUCGCUGAUCUUGCGGAACAAACUGAUAUAUCUUACGGCACUUUGGAGAGUGGAAGUACUCAGACAUUCUUCAGAGAUUCAAAAAUUGGAAUCUAUCAAAAAAUGUGGAGGUUUAUGGAAUCAAAGAGUCCAUCUGUAUUCGUCCAAAGUUACGAAGAAGGAAUAAAAAAGGUUCUUGAAGGCGACUAUGCAUUUUUAAUGGAAUCGACCAUGCUUGAUUACGCAGUUCAACGUGAUUGCAAUCUGACCCAAAUAGGAGGAUUAUUAGACAGUAAAGGAUAUGGAAUUGCUACUCCGAAAGGUUCGCCCUGGAGAGAUAAAAUAUCUCUAGUUAUUCUGGAGCUGCAGGAAAAAGGUGUAAUACAGAUUCUCUAUGACAAAUGGUGGAAGAACACAGGCGACGUAUGCAGUAGAGAUGACAAAAAUAAGGAAAGCAAAGCUAAUGCCCUUGGAGUUGAAAAUAUUGGCGGCGUCUUCGUUGUAUUGCUCUGUGGUCUGGCGCUAGCGAUCUUGGUGGCGAUCCUCGAGUUCUGUUGGAACUCCAAGAAGAAUGCCCAAUCGGACAGGUCUCUCUGCGCCGAGAUGGCCUCGGAAUUGCGAUUCGCCGUCCGUUGCGGCUCCCGGCAGAGGCCAGCUGCGAAAUCACGCAAUUCCGCGGCCGCCGGGCUGUACGGCCGUUGCAGCCCGCGCUCCUCCAGGAGAAGAACGCGCCUCUGCUCCUCCGAACACGAGGAGAUGACAUACAUACCGAGCAUCGAGAUCCCGCGAUUAAAUGCAGGAGGGUGGUGCGUUGUCGAUGACGGAGAUGAAGAAAUCAUUGAGCUUCGAUCAAAUGUCCCAUGGCGGGAACACCUAGCACAGGCCUCGUCCUCAUCUUCGUCCUCAACAGCAACCGCAACAACAGCAGCAAUCACAACAACAACAACCGCCACCGUGCAAAGCCACCCCCAUGCACACGCGUCACACGCACUGCCACUCACAUUCACAUCAUCACAGCCACCACUCGCACAAACAUCAAGCACCUCCUCCCAGACAGAGACGGGGUUCUUCGGGCAUCAUCUUGGGUCAAGGAGGUGACCACCCUGAAAAUAUUCUCUGGAGAUUCGACUGCGACCUAGCGGGUGAACCGGACGUAGUAAUUUCCCCACCGCCCCCGCCGCCACCACCACCUUCGGCAACGGUCUCGAGAACCACGACCCUUUGACCAAUACUUGAAGAGGUGCCGACAGGUGUACCUGCCCAAAAGGAACUGCCCACGCAGGCCUCGGUGGUCGUCAACGUGAUAGACCAAAAAGAGACGUGCUUAUAGCAUAUGUAGUCGCCGGAGCGGGUUGGUAAACCGCAGCGAGGGCCAUCCCGCGCCGACGACGAUGUCAAAUCAUCGAUCGAAAGCGUGCAAACGAGAAUCUGAGACUGAGAUCAACCAAAGGAGAAUUCCAGCCGUAACUGGAAUUAGUGUUUUUGCGAGAUAUGUUCUCUAAGGUGCUCCGAUAAAGCAUUUUCGUACUGUUUCAAUGAGAUUAUGGUAAAUAGGCAUGUGAUAUAACUAGCUCGAUACUAGGAGAUUAAGCAAAGUCGAGAUUACACGCUGACACGUAUGAUCCCGUGUGUCUCUCCACGAAGGUAUCGGGGGAACCAACAUUGAUGUAAGGAUGUGUAUCCUAAUCUGGAUAAUGGAUGGAAACUAUGUAGAUGCUUACGUGCAAUUGUUUGUAGAGGCAGCAUCAACGAACAAGUGGAUCACGGGAACUAUCAGGUUGCCGGUCUAUGAAGACAACGGAAUGCAAACAACGCGUGUUUCUCCGUAGCAUAUGCCUAGCAAACGAAUUGAGAUUGAUAUCAAACGGAAAAAUGUUCGUGCAUGAACGACAUGCGUCAAUCGGAAUAAUAGGAACUGCAUGGAAAAUGAAAUACCACGCGCAAUACCAAUUGACCAGGAAUUGCCGGUGUUUUGAAAUUCCCUGAGGCGACGGUAGAAUGGAAAGCCGCCGGACGUUUGUUCGAAGUAUCCAAUCGGACAGAGCAGAAACCGUCUGCGACAACACGACGGAACGCGAGCCGAUAUUAUAUAGCCGAAUUUCAAGUUGAACAUAUCGAAGCGGAUUUAGAAAAUCGAUGAACUUAUUGACUCGACUGGUUUUCACAUAUAGAAUUGUAUCACACGUAUGCCGCGAUUGACAGGUUGAAAACUAUUCGCGGGACCCAAUCAUGAAACAUCAGAUUACUCACAAUAUCGAAAUAAAUAUUCAUUAUUAUCUCUUAACUUAUUUGCAGUAACAUGUAAUUAAUUUACGGAAAUUUACGAUCAAGAUACACUUGUAUUGCUGUUUUACGCAAUUCUAUGUGUGAAUGCGAGCGCAAUCGCAAAGUCGCUGAUGAAAUGUGUCCAUUUUCUAUUAGUACAGAUUAACUUUGAUUUAAUUUACGCUUUAUCUUUUUAUUAGAGCUAGAAAUGGACGAUAGUCUCACGUUAACGCGAUGCCAACGUCUAUUGGAAUGCAGUUUCCAGUGACAAUAAUUCCGGACCGCAUUUUAUCGCCGUUAUAAUAUUCACAAGAGAAAUAUUUUACCUUUCGUAAUUUCGAUCAAAGAUACAAGACAAACGGAACCAAUAGACAGGUAAAUGAUCGUGGGUUACAAACGGCUGAAUGAAAUUUGCAUUUGAUUCGCAACAGCGCAGAAUAAUGAACGACUGUAUCGUAUGACUCGGACCAAAUUUCAAUUAGUAACCACUGCCAGAUUUAGCCUAAACUAGAGACUCUCUAAUAAAAGGGUCUUUAGCCUAAACAAAUGUCAUGCGUCCAAUAAUUUUCAGCAGAAACAUAUAGGUACAAAAAUCGAAUUACAGAAAGUAAAUGCGAGUAUUGCUUAUUAUUACAAAAAAUUUACAGCAUUAAUAAUUUUAAUAUUAUAUAAAUUUUUAAACUCUUAUCAUAAAAUACAUAUAAUUAAUGAGAAAACACGAGAUUUAAAAUUAUUCAAAAAUCUAUUACGUACUGUUACUUCUCAGAGAAAUUUCUUUCAGUCUUUUAAUUAAAAGAAUAUUAAAACUUAAAGUUCGAAUAAUAAAGUCACAUUAAAUAUAAUAUACAAUAAAUCUUUAAUAUUAAAUAACAAUAUAUGUAUUGUAAUAUGUAAAAUAAUUAUAUAUAUUAUACAUACGUUUGGUAUACAUACGUUAUAAGAAAUUUCUUUCGAUACAUUGAAAGUAAUAAAUAAAUAAGUUAGUGUAUUUUAGAGUUUAAAAUUAUUCAUUUCUAAAAAAAAAAAAUAUUGGCAGUUCUAUAAAAUUUGCAUUUGAAAGAUCAGUCAGAAAUUGAGUCGUAAGAUACUUCGAAGAUAAAUAAAGGAAUACGAUCACUGGCAUCUAAACCAUCUCCCAUUGUAUUAUAAAUAAAAUCAUAUGCUACUUGUUGAGAAGUGAUUUAUAAAUUUUUUGUAUAAAUAUAUAUAUGUGUAAUUUAUAUAAAUACACUUAAUGUAUAUGUAUAAAUAAAUCUGUAUAUGUAUGCGUUGACGUGUGUACAUAUAUACGUACAUAUUACGUGCGAUAGGUGAGAAAAUCCCUGAAGUGUGUGCAAAUGCGCCAAAAGUCCUAUGCUGCGGUUUCUUGAUGCUAUAAAUGUUUCGAAGCGUUUGAUUGACCAAUCAAAACAAAGAAUUUUAUGAAUUAGCUAAUCAAAGAAUGCUUCGAAGCGUUUGUAGCGUCAAAACUGUAGCCCUAGUCAUAUUUUGACACAAUCGAAUAGUUUAUUAUCAUACUAACGUGUGUACAGCGAAUGUUUUUCACAAGAAAGAAGUAAAAUAGGUAACUCGAUUAACUGUUCGACAGUUUUAGCUAUACAUUGCGAUAUUCUGUAUUGUGAACAUAUUAUUAUGUACGUGUAUCGCUGUUUGUUGAAGAGAUUACAUUGUUCUACGAAUUUAUUGAUAUGUUAUUAGCGUUGAAAGAAAAAAACUUAAAACGAUUUUAGUGUGUGAAUAUAUUUAACGGUAAACAUUGCGUUAUGA